AGCGUCAUAUCAUAGCCUACCAUGGCGGAAUGUGGUGGAGUUGACAGCAACACAACUAGUCACACCAUGGAUAAAAGCAUUACCCUUCCGCCGGAUGAAAUAUUCCGCAAUUUGGAGAACGCGAAGCGCUUCGCCAUAGACAUAGGUGGAUCGCUGACUAAGCUCGCCUACUACUCAACUGUCCAACACAAAGUGGCCAAAGUGCGAUCCUUCGACCAUAGCGCGAAGGAGGCAGCCAGCGACAAGCUGUAUGAAAUAGCGGUGCAGGAGGAGGUCACGGCGCGCCUGCACUUCAUCAAGUUUGAAAAUGCCUACAUCGAGACGUGCUUGGACUUCAUCAAGGACCACCUGGUCAACACCGAGACCAAAGUCAUCAAAGCCACAGGCGGAGGGGCGCACAAGUUUAAAGAGCUGAUAGAAAAAAAGCUGGGACUCAAAGUGGACAAAGAGGACGAGAUGACCUGUCUCAUCAAGGGCUGUAACUUUGUGCUGAAGAACAUCCCCCAUGAGGCUUUUGUCUAUGCCAGACACGCUGACUCGGAGUUCCGCUUUCAGACCACUAAUCCCGACAUCUUCCCCUACCUGCUUGUGAACAUCGGCUCAGGGAGUUCAGUUGUGGUGGUUCAAUCAGAAGAUAAAUUUGAACGAAUAGGUGGAAGCUCGAUAGGCGGAGGGACAUUCUGGGGCCUUGGAGCGUUGCUCACAAAAACAAAGAGAUUCGAUGAGUUACUGCAGCUGGCCUCUAAAGGGCAACAUUCCAGCGUCGACAUGCUCGUCAAAGACAUCUAUGGAGGAUCUUACGCAUGUUUGGGUUUGACUGGAGAUCUCAUUGCAAGUAGUUUUGGGAAGUCUGCAACAGCUGACAAAGAGUUCUCUAAAGAAGACAUGGCCAAGAGUUUACUCCAUAUGAUCAGCAACGACAUCGGACAGCUAGCCUGCCUCUACGCCAAACUCCACAACCUGUCGCGGGUGUACUUUGGAGGCUUUUUUAUCAGAGGCCAUCCUGUCACAAUGCACACAAUAACUUACAGCAUCAAUUUCUUUACCAAGGGUGAAGUUCAGGCUCUGUUUCUGAGGCAUGAGGGCUAUCUUGGAGCCAUUGGAGCUUUUCUGAAAGGAGCAGAGGAAGACAAUCCAAACCAGUACAGCUGGGGGGAAAAUUACGCAGGAAGCUCAGGUUUGAUGAGUGUCUCUCCUGACAUGAAUCCCAUGCAGCGAGCUCGCAGUGGAACAUUUCCUUUUGACAUGUUGGAGAUGGACCGCCUGGAGAGGCAGCUGGUGAAUCUGCCUCUACUCCAAGAUCCUUCCUCUUACAUCCCUGACACAGUUGACCUCACAGAGGACGCUCAGGCCCGGGAAUACUGGCUAUACUGCUUUGAGGAAGCCUUAGAUGGGGUGGUAAAGAGAGCUGUGGCGAGCCAGCCGGACAUCCCGGGGGCGGCCGAACGGGCCGAGAAGUUUCGCCAGAAGUACCGACACAAGCUUCAAACCCUCCGCCAUCAGCCGUUUGCUUAUGGAUCCCUCACUGUCAGAAGUCUGUUAGACACGAGGGAACACUGUUUAAACGAGUUCAACUUUCCUGAUCCCUACUCUAAGAUUAAAGAGAGGGAGAACGACGUCGCUCUAAAGUACUACCAGAAAGCGGUGAAGUCCUUGGAAGCGCUGAGCUGGGAGGACAGACAGUUUGCGCUGGUUAGGGGCGUCUUGGCUGGAAAUGUCUUUGACUGGGGAGCCAAGGCCGUGUCAGAGGUCCUCGAAUCUAACCCUGAGUUUGGGUUUGAAGAAGCUAAACGGCGGUUAGAAGAGCGGCCAUGGCUCGUUGACUCUUUUGAUCAAUGGCUUGAAAGACUAAAGGGUCCUCCUCAUAGGUGUGCCUUGUUUUUCGUAGAUAAUAGUGGCGUGGACAUAAUUUUAGGGGUGAUGCCCUUCGUCAGAGAACUUCUCUCCCGAGGAACGGAGGUUGUGUUAGCCAGCAAUUCUGCUCCGGCCUUAAACGACGUAACAAACAGCGAGCUCCAGAUUCUGACAGAGAGAAUCGCUGCCAUGGAUCCUGUGAUCGAAUCGGCCCUGAGGGAGGACAGGCUGACAUUGGUCCAGAGUGGUUCCUCUUCCCCCUGUUUGGAUCUGAGCCGACUGGACAAGGUGCUGGCGAUGGUGGCGAGGGAGCGGCAGACCGACCUGGUGAUCAUCGAGGGAAUGGGCCGAGCCAUCCACACCAACUACUACGCCAUGCUGAGCUGCGAGAGCCUCAAGAUGGCCGUCAUCAAGAACUCGUGGCUGGCCGACCGACUGGGCGGGAAACUCUUCAGCGUGGUCUUCAAGUACGAGGUCCCGGUUGGAAAACCCCAUUAGGGACGCCGCGGCUUUGACACCAUAACGGGGCGCGAAGCGGUUGAUCAACUAGAUCAGCUCGAGUGGAGCUUCGAAUGUAAUGACUGGGAUUGUAAAUUGUAAUUGGGUGAGCAUAUGAUCGCUUUUAGGGAUGGUAAUUGAUAGAAGAAUUUUACAUAGUUGUUUUUUUUUUUUUUCACACUGCGGACUUCACCGUUUCAUGAACUCCGAGUUACGAGUCUCUGCAUAGCUGCGUGUUCAGGUAUCACUGCCGGUAGAUCUCGUUCAUCACCUGAGAAGUCACCACUGCCUGUGUUUCCAAAACUGUCGCAGAAGAUAAAAUUGAUUUAGAAACCUCUUUUUUUUUUAUGAACGCAGACAGCCCUGGUUGGCGUGCGGAUUGCUACGGGAAGGAGCAGUUGGAUCAUAAACAUUGCUCAUACAUAUAGCACACUUUAUUGAUACCAUAAAGGGUAUUUAAUGUGCCUUAAGCUUGAUGUGAUACAAGCAUCUUUGACUCAGAUUGCUUUUGUUUCUUGUUGCAAGCUCGACUGCUUUUGUUCCAGCUCGCUUUUCCUGCACAUAAACGACAGAAAGGAAAAUCACUAUUUCAUGAAUGCCAGUAAAUUAAUUGGAGAUCAAGUAUUGUCUUUCACUUGAGUAGUAGUUGCAGUCAGGGAAGAUCAGAUUAGAGGGGGAAACCAGCACUUUACUUUAUCACAAGUAUUUAGAGGCGUCAGAAUCUUCUCCUCCACUGGGUGGCAGUAUUCUACUGUGUAGAUUUUAUUCGUCUUGAUCAAAUCCUUCCCAAGGUGCUUGGUGUCAAAACUAACCAUGCAUAAUUCAGAUCAAACAUUUUUUGAGCGAAACAAUAGUUGGUCAUAAGGCCACUCAUUUACAGCAGUUCACUGGCAUGCUUGAAAACACACUGUAUCCCAUUCUUCACAGGAAAAAAAAAAAAAAAAAAAGCAGCGUUCAAUGCAAUAAUACUGUAGCGCCUGGUCGAUAUCGUGAUAGUGAAGUUAGUGGGUGUAUAACUUCAUUAAAAAUGAUUCUGGUUCAAGGUAGAAAUAGAUUAUAAAAACCUCAAUGUGGAAAUAUUUCCACAAAACAGGUCCUUUGGACUCAUGUUUCAAUGCUUUAUUUCUCCUUUUGUACAUAUGUGAUAUAUGAGUGCGUGUGUGUAAAUAUACCCAUAUUAUAUAAAUCCAGCUGGAUCUCUUCACUUGGCCACACAAAGCACAGAUUUUGUGUAUUAUUCUUCUGACAAUCAGUUUUAAAUAAAUGGCGAAAAUCUUUAUUUCA